CUUAUUAAAUAGAAAUGAGUUGCUCGCCGCCUGAAACACCCGCGGAACAGCAGCCGGAGCAGAAAGCUACCGACCAAGAGCAUCCAGAACUCAAACUUGAAUGGAGAGAACCAGAAGGCACUCUUGAAUCGGACAAAGACGAGGUAACUAGUAAUGGUGAUGGUGAAGGCGACAGUGAAACGGGCAGCAGCGUAGGUGGCGAUAGUGACUCAUCCGACGAUGAUGACGAUUGCGAAGACUACAGCUAUAGCAGCAGUGAGUCGUGUUGCUGUGGUACGGACGAGGUUUGCGACAAAUGUCGUGACUCCGAUUCUUUCGGCAGUAACAGUUCGGUUUUGUCUUUCAGCUGGGAUGACUGCUAUAGCACAAGUAAUGGUCUGUACAAGAAAAAUGAUACCGACUCGCCUUUUGUUCUUGCGGCUAAAUUUGGCGAUUUGAAACUAGUGCAGUCCUUAUACGAACAAAGUGAAGAUAGCGAAAAGCAGUGGGUUUUGAACCAAGCUAGAAAAUGGACCGAAGUGCAAGAGAAAUAUGGAUACGAUAAACAGUGGGAUUGGUUCGGAGACACUGCGCUUAUUUCUGCUUCCAGGAACUGCCAUCUUGAUGUAGUGAAGUAUUUGUUGUUGCAAGGAGCGGAUCCGAAUCUUGAGUCAUGUCCUUACGACGACCAGUACGAAAGUGCCGAGAAAGCUGCAAAGAGUCAAUUGAACAGGCUCAAAAUUGGCGAAGUUUCGGACUGGAAAGUGAAAAAAUGUGAACAAAUCAUUGCAUUAUUAAAAGAAGUGUCUAAAAUAUGGCCCAAAUCUGAUUUUUCGAGUGCCCAUUUCGAUAAAGAAAGAGCGAAAGAAUUCAAGUUGAAACCAAAGUUGGCUGAUGAUUUUAUGAAGCAAAUUAAAGAAGCCGUUGAGAAGGUGGACCUAUCUGAUUAACUUCCCUGAGCAGAUAUCAAACAGUGACUUGAGUUUGAAUUGAACUUGAUAUUGAUUUUUAUCUUGAUAUCUGAAUGUUUCGUCAAUUUUAUUUAUGGACUGAUUGAGUUUUGAUUAUUGAUCGAUUGUUUGAACUGAGAGGUUUAUGUGACUACGCUCAGAUUUGAUGAAAUACUGUAAAAGUGGAGGCAAAUAAUGAUCAUGAUUAGAAAAUUUGAAGAUAGAUAA